AUGAAUCGGGCCGCCACCGCUCUCUCCAAUUUCGUUAGUAACACGCUAGAUAGGAAUGCGGGCAACAAGGAGGCAGUGGAAAGGACCAUCUAUGUCAAUGAUCCCAUCAAGAACUCGCAAUUCAAGUACAUUCACAACGGCAUCUCAACCGCGAAGUACAACCCUGCCACCUUCCUACCGAAAUUCCUGUUGGAGCAGUUCCGAAGAUAUGCCAACUUGUUCUUCUUGUUCACUGGUACCAUUCAGUUGAUCCCAAAUAUUUCCCCGACGAACAAAUUCGGUACUAUCCUCCCUCUGAGUGUGGUACUGUUUGCAUCUGCCGUGAAGGAGAUCAUCGAAGAUAUCAAGAGACAUAAGCAGGACGGAGAGGUGAACGCCCGUUAUGCAAAGGUUCUGCAUGGAUCGGAGUUCGCUCCAAAGCGAUGGAGGGAUAUUGUCGUAGGAGAUGUCGUGAGGGUGGAAAACGGGAACUAUUUCCCAGCAGACUUGAUCUUGCUCAGCUCCAGCGAACCUGAUGCGCUCUGCUACAUCGAGACUAGCAACUUGGAUGGAGAGACGAACUUGAAGAUCCGACAGGGUCUUCCAGAAACGGCGACCAUUCUUACUCCGGAGGCCAUGGCGCGCUUACACGCCGUCGUGCGUUCAGAGUUACCGAACAACUCUCUGUACACAUACGAAGGCACCCUGCGUCUACCGACAAAGACCGUCCCACUCGAUCCACAACAGCUGCUGCUUCGUGGCGCACAACUGCGAAACACCCAAUGGGUCUAUGCGAUCGUGGUGUUUACAGGACAUGAAACCAAACUAAUGCGGAACGCCACAGCUGCGCCUGUCAAGCGAACAAAGGUUGAGAGGAUGGUUAACACCCAAAUUCUGUUUCUGUUCGGUCUGCUGGUGUCCAUUGCCAUUCUUUUGGCUGUAGGAGGCCUCAUAAGACAGAUCAGCGGUGAUUUCGAGAGAGAAAUCCUCAGGCUUGCAACUUCCGGAAACCCUGCAUCGCUAUUCCCUAGGAACAUUGCGACAUUCAUCAUUCUUUUCAACAACUUGAUUCCACUCAGUUUGAUCGUCACCAUGGAAGCUGUCAAAUUCGUUCUCGGAGGUCUCAUCAACUCCGACCUCGAUAUGUAUCACGAGGAAAGCGAUACACAUGCCGUUGCUCGGACGUCAUCGCUAGUUGAGGAACUAGGCCAAAUCGAUUACAUCUUCAGCGACAAAACCGGAACGUUGACGAUGAACAUCAUGGAGUUCAAAAUGGCUAGCAUUGCCGGAAUCGCAUUCUCUGAGACCAUACCGGAUGAGAGACGGGCUGCGGCGGAAGAGAAAGGCGCCGACGGGGGGUAUAUGACGUUCAAGCAAUUGCUGGUAGCUAAGAACUCGCAUCCACAUUCAGAGGUCCUCACAGAGUUCGUGAAUCUGUUGGCAGUGUGUCACACAGUCAUCCCGGAAAUUGAUGAGCACGACCGCACGAAAAUCAUCUACCAAGCAUCGUCACCAGACGAGGCCGCUCUCGUCAAGGGCGCCCAGGACCUCGGAGCGAGAUUUCACACUCGCAAACCACGGAGUGUCACAAUCACCCACGACGGACGGGAGGAGGAAUAUGAGAUACUCAACGUCAACGAGUUCAACUCGACGAGGAAAAGGAUGAGCAUCCUAUGCAGAACUUCAACCGGACAGAUCAAGCUCUACAUCAAGGGUGCAGACACGGUUAUCCUCGAGCGAUUAGGACCGCAAGGCCAGCAGUUUGUUGAUGCCACGUGUGUUCAUUUGGAGGAUUACGCAACGGAGGGACUCCGGACGCUGUGUCUAGCGUACCGGGACGUCUCUGAGGCCGAGUACCAACAGUGGGCGCAGAUUUACAACACCGCUGCCAACACCAUCAACAACCGACAAACAGAGCUUGACAAGGCAGCAGAACUGAUCGAAAAGGAUCUGUUCCUCCUCGGAGCGACCGCCAUCGAAGACAAAUUGCAGGAUGGCGUGCCUGACGCAAUCGCCACCUUGGCCCAGGCCAACAUAAAAAUCUGGGUGCUGACAGGUGACCGACAAGAAACCGCUAUCAACAUCGGAUACUCAUGCAAGCUGCUGACGGUUGAGUCCAGUCUCAUCAUUUGUAAUGAGGACACGCACUUUGAGACAAAGGACUUCUUGGAAAAGAAGUUGCUGGCCGUGAGGGGUGGAAUGGGGAUGGGCGCACCGGCCAAGAAGAUGGGAUUCAUUGACCGCCUGCUCAAGAAAAAGCCACCUCGUUUCGACAAGGAUGCCGAGACGGACACGGAACCGCUUGCGCUUAUCAUCGACGGGCGGACGCUCGAUUUCGCAUUGGAGGACGACAUCAAGCUCACGUUCCUAGAGCUCGCCACUCUCUGCAAAUCCGUCAUCUGCUGUCGUGUAUCCCCGCUUCAGAAAGCCCUCGUCGUCAAACUCGUGCGCAAAAAUGUGCAAGGGUCUGUGACGUUGGCGAUUGGGGACGGUGCCAACGACGUUGGGAUGAUUCAAGCUGCCCACGUCGGUGUCGGUAUCUCCGGUCAAGAAGGUUUGCAGGCUGCGCGGUCAGCGGAUUUCGCGAUUGCUCAAUUCAGAUACCUGCGGAAGCUGCUGCUCAUCCACGGAGGCUGGGCUUACAACCGGUUGACGAAGUUGAUCUUGUACAGUUUCUACAAGAACAUUACGCUGUACUUGAUUCAGCUGUGGUUUGCUUUCGAUAACGGAUUCUCUGGAGCGACCUUUUUCGAAACAUGGUCAUCACUUUCAUCAUACAACGUUCUCUGGGCCGUUGCGCAACCCAUCGCUCUUGGUAUUUUCGACCAAUAUCUUUCCGCACGGAUGCUCGACCGUUACCCACAGCUCUACACACUCGGUCAACGGUCCUACUUCUACAACCACGGAGUCUUUUUCUCCUGGAUCUCCAACUCCUUCUACCACUCUGCAUUCAUCUACUUCAUGUGGAGAGCAGUCGUUUCCGGAAGCGACGGUGCGAUUCUCGCCGAUGGGCGAUUAGCCGAUUUCUGGGUCGUGGGCGAAACGAUCUUUGCGACAGACUUGUUGGUGAUUGGGUUCAAAGCCGCGCUUGUGGCUCAUAUCUGGACAAAGUUUACCUGGAUCGCGAUUGCAGGUGCCUUUUUGAUGUUUUUGGUUGCCUUUCCGAUCUACGUGAUUGUUGGACCCAUGCUUCACAUCUCGCCUGAAAUUUUUGGCCUGAAUUCGCCAAUGCUUGGGAACCCCGUCUUCUGGCUCGGCCUUUUGCUUAUUCCCAUCGCCGCAACUCUCCGUGAUUUCACAUGGAAAUACGCAAAACGAACCUACCGCCCGAACAGCUACCACAUCAUCCAAGAGGUGCAAAAGUACAACAUCCCAGAUUACCGACCACGGAUGGAGUGGUUCCGCAAGGCCAUGCACAAAGUGCGCAUGAUACAACGGCUGAAAAGGACGCGCGGGUUCGCGUUCUCGCAGAACGAGGGUGGACAGGCUGGCCUUAUCCGUGUGUAUGACACCACGCAACGGAAACCCAAAGGGUGA